AUGUGUGGUAUCUUUGCUGCGUACAGACAGCCCGAAAUCGAGGCCUUCAAGGGCAAGGCCCUCCAAUACUCCAAGAGAAUCAGACACCGUGGUCCAGACUGGUCUGGCAACGUCAUCCAGAACAACACCAUCUUAUGUCACGAAAGAUUGGCCAUCGUUGGCUUGGACUCUGGGGCCCAACCUAUCACCUCUGAGGACGGCAACUUCUCUUUGACUGUCAACGGUGAGGUCUACAACCACAUCAACUUGAGAAAGGAGUUUGCAGACUACCCAUACAAGUCGUUGUCUGACUGUGAGCCUAUCAUCCCCUUGUUCCAGAAGUACGACAUCGACGCUCCAAAGUACUUGGACGGUAUGUUCGCCUGGGUGUUGCACGACAAGAAGAACGACCGUAUCGUUGCUGCCAGAGACCCUAUCGGAAUCACCACCUUGUACAUGGGAAAGAGCUCCCAGACGCCAGAAACCCGCUACUUUGCCUCUGAGUUGAAGUGCUUGGUGGACGAGUGUGACGAGAUCACCGCUUUCCCACCUGGCCACGUCUACGACUCCAACACCGACGAGAUCACCCGUUAUUUCACUCCUACCUGGUGGGACGGCUCCAAGGUGCCUACUACCAACGUGGACUACAAGAAGGUCAGAGAGACCUUGGAGUUGGCAGUGAGAAAGAGAUUGAUGGCUGAGGUGCCAUACGGUGUGUUGUUGUCGGGAGGCUUGGACUCGUCGUUGAUCGCUGCCAUUGCCAGCAGAGAAACCAAGAAGGUGACUGUGCACAAGGAAGGUAUCGAUGCCAACAAGGAGUUAUCGGGAGUCGACGCUGACGGCUCGUUGCACUCGUCUGGAUGGAACCAAUUGCAUUCGUUCGCCAUCGGCUUGCCAGGCGCACCAGACUUGAUUGCAGCUGAAAAGGUGGCCCAUUUCAUCGGUACCAUCCACCACUCUCACACCUUCACUUUGGAGGAAGGUUUGGAUGCGUUGGACGACGUGAUCCACCACUUGGAGACCUACGACGUCACCACCAUCAGAGCAUCCACCCCUAUGUACUUAUUGUCGAGAAAGAUCAAGGCCCAGGGUGUCAAGAUGGUGUUGUCUGGUGAAGGUUCCGACGAGAUUUUUGGCGGCUACUUGUACUUUGCCAACGCCCCUUCAGCCGCCGACUUCCACUCGGAAUGUGUCCAAAGAGUCAAGAACUUGCACUACGCAGACUGUUUGAGAGCCAACAAGUCCACCAUGGCAUGGGGUUUGGAGGCCAGAGUUCCAUUCUUGGACAAGCAGUUCUUGGAGGUGUGUAUGAACAUCAACCCAGAGGACAAGUUGAUCAAGCCUGCCGAGGGCAAGAUCGAAAAGUACAUCUUGAGAAAGGCGUUCGACACCUCGGACGACCCUACAGCCGAGCCAUACUUGCCUCAGGAAAUCUUGUGGAGACAAAAGGAACAGUUCUCCGAUGGUGUGGGCUACUCGUGGAUCGACGGCUUGAAGGACGCUGCCGAAGAGGCGGUUUCCGACGAGGAAUUGAAGAACCCUAAGCCUGAAUGGGGCGACGACAUUCCUCAGACCAAGGAGGCUUACUGGUACAGAUGCAAGUUUGACCAGAUGUUCGGUGGCUCCAAGGCUGCUGCCUCCACCGUCAUGAGAUGGAUUCCAAAGGCUGAAUGGGGCUGUCACUCCGACCCUUCGGGAAGAUAUGCCACUACCCACGAGCACAAGGUUUAA